CUGCUGGCAUGGACAGAAAUGCGCAAUGCAGCUCCUCUUCUUCAAGCAUCGUACAAGUAUGAUCUAUGGUGGUGCUCCUGGGGUUGUCCCAGCAAGUGCUCUUCUUUGUCCCUGGUGCUCAGGACAAGAGCAAUGAGCCAGCCCGCAAUCAAGCUUCAGCAGCGCCUAGCUCAAAAUCUAUAUUGGACGACCAAUUGUGACUAGGUGGAUGAAAGACACUCUUUGGAUCAGUCGCACAGAAGGUGUGGAUUGCAGCACACAAGAGGUGCAGCUCUGCUUGGCAUGCUUUCCAGCGGCUGGGACAGGGGCCUGGGUUUUCAAUCGGUUUGCGAGAGAUCUUCCCCAAGACAUUGAGGUCCUGCCAAUCGAGUAUCCUGGCAGUGGGCAGCGAUCUCUAGAAAAGCGGCACACUUCUAUGCAAGACAUCGUGCAACCAUGUGUGGCAGCUCUACUACCGGUUCUGGCAGAGAAACCAGUCGCUCUGUUUGGGCACAGCCUCGGCGCCUGGAUCGCAUUUGAAGUCGCGCACCAACUCGAAGAAAGAGGAGUUGCCCUGAAAAGGCUCUAUGCUUGUGCUGAGAGGGCCCCUCAUCUGUCUGCUGUGUCGUACGACGUCGACCCGACCACCUUCCACGUGCUAGACGAGCCUGCGUUUUGGCACGCGUUUGAACGAAGAUACGGGCUGCCACGUGCUCUGCAGACUGAGGUGGCGCGCAGGUUUGCGUACCCUCGCUUACGAGCCGACCUUGAAGUUUUCGAGACCUACGUGCCGAGCACCUCGCGGCGUCUUGACUGCGAUCUAGUUGCAAUAGGCGCGGAGUCGGACCCUCGGUACACUCCCGAUCAGAUAUCUGCUUGGAGGCAGCAUACUGCCGGAGCAUUUGAAGAGAGGUGGUUUGCGGGUGGACACCAGUUCGUGAGGGAAGAUCCAGAAACGUUACUGGCGUACCUCAAAGAAGACCUGGCUCGUACAAUCCAGGGCCAAAACACGCCCACUGCAAGCUGAUCCAAACUGGAUCACUGAGCGGCUCAGGCCCCGGGCCUGCUUACAGACCGAAGUCCGGACCCCCUUCGCAAUUGCCGAUUCUCCAGAACCACCGCCCUAGCCUUCGGCCGCCAUGGAUCGAUUUGAGUGGCUGCGGGGCCAGUGCUGGCUGACCCCUUGGCCCGCUACCCCGCACGUGCCUCAGACUUCCAGGUCUGCCAUAGACUGGGUAUUCAGGGGAACGGCUUCAUUCCACGUUAGCCAACAGGAGCAGUACGGCGGCUCCGGUGUGCACGAUGACAGGGGACCUCUGACGCCUAACGCCCGACAUCUCUUCUUCAAAACGGGACCGAAGUGCCACGAC